UUAGAAGUCCAUUUAGGUCAUAAAAGAUCAAUCUAAACUCAAUUGCUUUGAUUUUGGUGAUGCUUUUAAUAUGAUAAACUCAGUUAUAUUAAUAACUAAACGCUUUUUCAUAUCUGUCAAAAAUUGAUUACCUAACCUCAAAAAUCAAAACUUUGAUCUUGGUUAUGUUUGAAUAACUUGUAUUUUAUGCAUUUAAAAAGAGUUUACAUUAAAUCAUAAACAUGAUUCGAAAGCGGUUAACGAAUUUAGCUCAACUGGGCGCUGUAGGCUUAACUGGAUAUUGCCUAGGAAUUUACAGUGAGCGAAGUAUCGACUUUUUUAAAACGAGAGAAGAUUCUAUUAUUAUAAAUGGCAAAAGCAUCAAAAAUAUGCCCGGUUUGCCAAUAUUCGGGAGUGUAUCAGCCGCUACGACUUACGUCGAUUCCAGUGGGCCUAAAGAUAGGAUAUCGCAAAUAAUGAAAUUUGGUUUCCCUGGCUUGGACAACGUCCGUUCGUUCGACGACUACGUACUAUCGUAUGACCGACGUAACCGUGUCGCGCACUGGGUGUUCGAGCAUCUCACGAGUGCUCAUGUGGCCAAGAAUGCUACUGUGGAUAGGAGCAAGUGUGAAUUUACUGCAGAUGAAAGUAUACAUCCGUUUUUUAGAUCACAGAACAGUGACUAUAAAGGCUCUGGCUUUGACCGGGGGCACUUGGCAGCCGCGGGCAACCACAAGUUGGCACAGAAACAUGUGGAACAGACAUUUCUGCUCACUAACAUGGCACCCCAGGUGGGUGAAGGAUUCAACAGACAUGCAUGGAACAGAUUAGAAAAGCAUGUCCGCAACCUCACCAAAGUGUACGACAAUGUGUAUUGCUGCACGGGACCCCUAUAUCUGCCCAGGAAAGAAUCCGAUGGCAAGUCCUACGUGAAAUAUCAAGUUAUAGGCGCCAACUCAGUAGCAGUCCCAACGCAUUUCUACAAAGUGGUGGUGGGCGAGGCGGGCGGCGUUCUAGAUAUGGAGGCCUAUGUCAUGCCCAACCAGAAGAUACCUGAUGAGACGCCUGUGGCUAACUUUAUGGUCCCGCCAGAAUCAAUAGAGAAAGCUGCCGGUCUUCUGUUCUUCGACAAGAUACAUAGAAGCAAAUUAAAUAAAAUUAACGGCAAGAAAGUUUAAUGUCGCAUUAGAUUGAUAAUUAGUACAAUUUUAGACCAAUCAUACCGAGGACUAGUAACUAAAAAAAAACUAUUCAAACUCUGAGUGCACUAAUCACGGUAAAAUUUAAUCGGUGAUCAUAUAUGGCAGUUAUAAUAUUCAACUCUAUUGACAGCUAUUAAAGUUCAAAUUUAAUAAUAUAUUUUUAUGACAUGUGUUGAGUGGUUAAAACUCUAGACUAAAUAAACCAUUGGUGGGAUGACAAUAAUUUUUAAUUAAAAUUUGAUUUCUACGUAAAAAUACAAUAAUUUUUAAUUAAAAUUCCAUCGAUGACUGAAUUAGUAAGUUGGCUUUCUGAUCAUCGAUUAAAUUUCACUGUGUAUUUUGUAGGAUGAGCAGUUUUAAUUUUUAACUAGUCUCUGAUUAUCUGAUUUAGACCACAAAGUAAAUAACGGCGCCGCGCGCCGGAGCAGAGUCCGCUCAGUACAAAGUGCUAUUUUCGCCGCACGCACACAGACGUUACAUUUACAGGCGUUCUCGGGCACUCUCGGGCAGAGCUUAGUCGGGCUGUGCGCGCGUGGCUCACUUGACGUCCCCGCCGCUACGUAGGUACCUACUGUCAUGUACGUCAAAAUGCAGUCUCUAAGGAAUGUAAACAUGAUAAUAUGUAUGUAUAAACGAAUCGAUGUAUGUAUGUCUGUAAACUUAUAUUACCUACUCCUUUUUAAAAUUCGAAAUUAAUACAGAAGCAACCCUAGUGAGUCGGGCAAGUUUAGGUAUGUAUUUUCAAGAACGGCGGGAACGGACCUUCUGUUUAUUUUUUAUUUUGUGCUUAGACCAAAGAAUUCUUUAGACAUUCAUACUAAAGUUUUUUAUUUAUCUCAAAUCACACCUUUAUACUGUAUUGUAUCAAAAUGACGUAGAUACCGAAAUAAGGUACUGAAUUAUUAUUUAAAUGGACUUUGUAAAUAUAAUUUUGUGAUAUAAAUGUUACUGUUACCUAAAAA